AGCGGUAAAUAUAUUUGGAAAUUGGUAACAUGCAAAUUUUUAUUUGUCAUUCAAUUCAAGAGUAUUGACUAGCAUUAGACGUGUUGCGUUUUAUUAGAUUGUAUAUUUUUAAUUAUUGCCGAUAAGAAAAUAUAUUGAUAAGAUGCAGAUUUUCGUAAAAACCUUGACUGGUAAAACCAUCACUCUCGAAGUUGAGCCGUCAGACACUAUUGAGAACGUCAAAGCUAAAAUUCAAGAUAAGGAAGGUAUUCCCCCAGAUCAGCAGCGACUGAUCUUUGCUGGAAAGCAAUUAGAAGACGGCCGCACCCUCUCAGAUUAUAACAUCCAGAAGGAGUCAACUCUUCACCUGGUGCUCCGUCUGCGCGGUGGUAUGCAGAUCUUUGUCAAGACCCUUACUGGCAAAACAAUCACCCUUGAGGUUGAGCCUUCAGACACUAUUGAAAAUGUAAAGGCCAAGAUCCAAGACAAAGAAGGCAUUCCCCCAGACCAACAGCGUUUGAUCUUCGCCGGCAAACAGCUUGAGGAUGGCCGUACCCUUUCCGACUACAACAUCCAGAAGGAGUCAACUCUUCACCUGGUGCUCCGUCUUCGUGGUGGUAUGCAGAUCUUUGUCAAAACCCUCACAGGUAAAACCAUCACCCUUGAGGUUGAGCCUUCAGACACUAUCGAGAAUGUUAAGGCAAAGAUCCAAGACAAAGAAGGCAUUCCCCCAGACCAGCAGCGAUUGAUCUUUGCCGGCAAACAGCUUGAGGAUGGCCGCACCCUUUCUGAUUACAACAUUCAAAAGGAAUCCACCCUGCACUUGGUACUUCGUCUGCGUGGUGGUAUGCAGAUCUUCGUUAAAACUCUCACUGGAAAAACUAUUACACUGGAAGUGGAACCAUCUGACACUAUUGAGAAUGUAAAGGCUAAGAUCCAAGACAAGGAGGGCAUUCCCCCAGACCAGCAGCGAUUGAUCUUCGCCGGCAAACAGCUCGAGGAUGGCCGCACCCUUUCUGAUUACAACAUACAAAAGGAAUCAACUCUUCACCUGGUGCUCCGUCUUCGUGGUGGUAUGCAGAUCUUCGUUAAAACUCUCACUGGAAAAACAAUUACACUGGAAGUGGAACCAUCUGACACUAUUGAAAAUGUAAAGGCUAAGAUCCAAGACAAGGAGGGUAUUCCCCCAGACCAGCAGCGAUUGAUCUUCGCCGGCAAACAGCUCGAGGAUGGCCGCACCCUUUCUGAUUACAACAUUCAAAAGGAAUCCACCCUGCACUUGGUACUUCGUCUGCGUGGUGGUAUGCAGAUCUUCGUUAAAACUCUCACUGGAAAAACAAUUACACUGGAAGUGGAACCAUCUGACACUAUUGAGAAUGUAAAGGCAAAGAUCCAAGACAAAGAAGGCAUUCCCCCAGACCAGCAGCGAUUGAUCUUCGCCGGCAAACAGCUUGAGGAUGGCCGCACCCUUUCAGACUACAACAUCCAGAAAGAGUCAACUCUUCACCUGGUGCUCCGUCUGCGUGGUGGUAUGCAGAUCUUUGUCAAGACCCUUACUGGCAAAACUAUUACUCUUGAAGUUGAGCCUUCUGACACCAUUGAGAAUGUAAAGGCAAAGAUCCAAGACAAAGAAGGCAUUCCCCCAGACCAGCAGCGAUUGAUCUUCGCCGGCAAACAGCUUGAGGAUGGCCGCACCCUUUCAGACUACAACAUCCAGAAAGAGUCAACUCUUCACCUGGUGCUCCGUCUGCGUGGUGGUAUGCAGAUCUUUGUCAAGACCCUUACUGGCAAAACUAUUACUCUUGAAGUUGAGCCUUCUGACACCAUUGAGAAUGUAAAGGCAAAGAUCCAAGACAAAGAAGGCAUUCCCCCAGACCAGCAGCGAUUGAUCUUCGCUGGCAAACAGCUUGAGGAUGGCCGCACCCUUUCCGACUACAACAUCCAGAAGGAGUCUACUCUUCACCUGGUGCUCCGUCUGCGUGGUGGUAUGCAGAUCUUUGUCAAGACCCUUACUGGCAAAACUAUUACUCUUGAAGUUGAGCCUUCUGACACCAUUGAGAAUGUAAAGGCAAAGAUCCAAGACAAAGAAGGCAUUCCCCCAGACCAGCAGCGAUUGAUCUUCGCCGGCAAACAGCUUGAGGAUGGCCGCACCCUUUCAGACUACAACAUCCAGAAAGAGUCAACUCUUCACCUGGUGCUCCGUCUGCGUGGUGGUAUGCAGAUCUUUGUCAAGACCCUUACUGGCAAAACUAUUACUCUUGAAGUUGAGCCUUCUGACACCAUUGAGAAUGUAAAGGCAAAGAUCCAAGACAAAGAAGGCACCCCAGACCAGCAGCGAUUGAUCUUCGCCGGCAAACAGCUUGAGGAUGGCCGCACCCUUUCAGACUACAACAUCCAGAAAGAGUCAACUCUUCACCUGGUGCUCCGUCUGCGUGGUGGUAUGCAGAUCUUUGUCAAGACCCUUACUGGCAAAACUAUUACUCUUGAAGUUGAGCCUUCUGACACCAUUGAGAAUGUAAAGGCAAAGAUCCAAGACAAAGAAGGGACCCCAGACCAGCAGCGAUUGAUCUUCGCUGGCAAACAGCUUGAGGAUGGCCGCACCCUUUCCGACUACAACAUCCAGAAGGAGUCUACUCUUCACCUGGUGCUCCGUCUGCGUGGUGGUAUGCAGAUCUUUGUCAAGACCCUUACUGGCAAAACUAUUACUCUUGAAGUUGAGCCUUCUGACACCAUUGAGAAUGUAAAGGCAAAAAUCCAAGACAAAGAAGGCAUUCCAGACCAGCAGCGAUUGAUCUUCGCCGGCAAACAGCUUGAGGAUGGCCGCACCCUUUCCGACUACAACAUCCAGAAGGAGUCUACUCUUCACCUGGUGCUCCGUCUGCGUGGUGGUAUGCAGAUCUUUGUCAAGACCCUUACUGGCAAAACUAUUACUCUUGAAGUUGAGCCUUCUGACACCAUUGAGAAUGUAAAGGCAAAGAUCCAAGACAAAGAAGGCAUUCCCCCAGACCAGCAGCGAUUGAUCUUCGCUGGCAAACAGCUUGAGGAUGGCCGCACCCUUUCCGACUACAACAUCCAGAAGGAGUCUACUCUUCACCUGGUGCUCCGUCUGCGUGGUGGUAUGCAGAUCUUUGUCAAGACCCUUACUGGCAAAACUAUUACUCUUGAAGUUGAGCCUUCUGACACCAUUGAGAAUGUAAAGGCAAAGAUCCAAGACAAAGAAGGCACCCCAGACCAGCAGCGAUUGAUCUUCGCCGGCAAACAGCUUGAGGAUGGCCGCACCCUUUCAGACUACAACAUCCAGAAAGAGUCAACUCUUCACCUGGUGCUCCGUCUGCGUGGUGGUAUGCAGAUCUUUGUCAAGACCCUUACUGGCAAAACUAUUACUCUUGAAGUUGAGCCUUCUGACACCAUUGAGAAUGUAAAGGCAAAGAUCCAAGACAAGGAGGGCACCCCAGACCAGCAGCGAUUGAUCUUCGCCGGCAAACAGCUUGAGGAUGGCCGCACCCUUUCAGACUACAACAUCCAGAAAGAGUCAACUCUUCACCUGGUGCUCCGUCUGCGUGGUGGUAUGCAGAUCUUUGUCAAGACCCUUACUGGCAAAACUAUUACUCUUGAAGUUGAGCCUUCUGACACCAUUGAGAAUGUAAAGGCAAAGAUCCAAGACAAAGAAGGCACCCCAGACCAGCAGCGAUUGAUCUUCGCUGGCAAACAGCUUGAGGAUGGCCGCACCCUUUCCGACUACAACAUCCAGAAGGAGUCUACUCUUCACCUGGUGCUCCGUCUGCGUGGUGGUAUGCAGAUCUUUGUCAAGACCCUUACUGGCAAAACUAUUACUCUUGAAGUUGAGCCUUCUGACACCAUUGAGAAUGUAAAGGCAAAAAUCCAAGACAAAGAAGGCAUUCCCCCAGACCAGCAGCGAUUGAUCUUCGCCGGCAAACAGCUUGAGGAUGGCCGCACCCUUUCCGACUACAACAUCCAGAAGGAGUCUACUCUUCACCUGGUGCUCCGUCUGCGUGGUGGUAUGCAGAUCUUUGUCAAGACCCUUACUGGCAAAACUAUUACUCUUGAAGUUGAGCCUUCUGACACCAUUGAGAAUGUAAAGGCAAAGAUCCAAGACAAAGAAGGCACCCCAGACCAGCAGCGAUUGAUCUUCGCUGGCAAACAGCUUGAGGAUGGCCGCACCCUUUCCGACUACAACAUCCAGAAGGAGUCUACUCUUCACCUGGUGCUCCGUCUGCGUGGUGGUAUGCAGAUCUUUGUCAAGACCCUUACUGGCAAAACUAUUACUCUUGAAGUUGAGCCUUCUGACACCAUUGAGAAUGUAAAGGCAAAAAUCCAAGACAAAGAAGGCACCCCAGACCAGCAGCGAUUGAUCUUCGCCGGCAAACAGCUUGAGGAUGGCCGCACCCUUUCCGACUACAACAUCCAGAAGGAGUCUACUCUUCACCUGGUGCUCCGUCUGCGUGGUGGUAUGCAGAUCUUUGUCAAGACCCUUACUGGCAAAACUAUUACUCUUGAAGUUGAGCCUUCUGACACCAUUGAGAAUGUAAAGGCAAAGAUCCAAGAUAAAGAAGGCAUUCCCCCAGACCAGCAGCGAUUGAUCUUCGCCGGCAAACAGCUCGAGGAUGGCCGCACCCUCUCCGACUACAACAUCCAGAAGGAGUCUCUCUUCACCUGGUGCUUCGUCUUCGCGGUGGAAAUUAGAAGUUCAAUUUCAAAAUAGUUGCAUAAUAAUAUGUACUGUAACUAUUAAUUAAUUUUCACAUCAUUCCAGUUACAAUCUCCACGCUUGCAAUAUUAUUUUGCCUUUUAUCAAUAAAUAGCUUCUAUCUGA